AUGUCGUACUUCCUGCCGCACCUGCCUACGGGAUGGCACGUUGAUCAGGCGAUCUUGUCCGAGGAAGACCGCGUGGUCAUCCUUCGCUUCGGUCACGACACGGACCCGGUAUGCAUGGAAAUGGACGAGACGCUCUACAAGAUCUCGACGGCGGUGCAGAACUUUGCGGUCAUCUAUCUGGUGGACAUCACUCAAGUCCCUGACUUCAACAAGAUGUACGAGCUGUACGAUGCUUGUUCCACCAUGUUCUUCUACCGCAACAAGCACAUCAUGAUCGAUCUGGGGACGGGCAACAAUAACAAGAUUAAUUGGGCAAUCACGGAUCGUCAAGAGCUCAUCGACAUCGUAGAGGUGGUGUAUCGAGGCGCGAGCAAGGGAAGAGGUCUCGUCAUCAGUCCCAAGGCCGGUGCAGUGAUCACCAUGGUCAAAGUCAAGUUGAGAGUUCCGCUCUCAUCUGCACCACGCGAAACCUCGUCGCCCCUCGCCAACCCAAAUCCCCUGCGAAGUGCACCCGACUACUCGGACGACGACGAGGCGGCCACUCCGUUGCGUGACGGCGGAACACCGGAUGACAACGCCGAAGUCGACGGCUCGGACGCAGAAGAGCUCGACGAGGAUCAGGAUGACGACGAAGAUCAAGAAGACGAACUCGACGAGCUGGACGAGCUUGAAGGCGAAGACGACGAGCAGACAUCCAAAGCUGCCUCAACCUCGGCUCUGACCAAACGCAGAAGCAUCACGCUCAAGUCCCGUCCCUCAAAAGGCGGCGCGGCUUCGUCCUCUGCCUCUCCCUCGGCUGAGGGUUCAGCGAGCCCGCAUUCGGGCUCUCACAAGCUUGUCAAGCGCAGCUCCCUGGCUCGAAUGGCGCAAGUGCAAUCCAUGUCGGUGGAGGAGCUCGAUGCGCUUCCAGCAGCGAAGAGGAGAAAAACGGCCAAAGCACGAGGUGCCGCUGGACCGGGCAGAGGCUGGCGGAAGGGGCUCACCAAAGGUCAGAAACCAGUUUACGAGCUUCCGCCGGCAGAACGAACGCCUGCCACAUUCGGUAAUACAGCCUCCGUACGCUCGUCCCCCGCCUCGUCAACAGCGAUCAAGGCAGAGACACCGACGCCUGCCCCGAUCACAGUGCUGCCGCGGCCGAAACCCAUCUCGAACUUCGCAGCAGGUACAGACACGAACAAGGCCGCCUCUCCUUUGGGCACCGUCCGGAGCAGCAUCGUACCGACUGCAGCCUCAUCUUCCAUCAAGAUCGUAUCGGGGCCGGGCGGACAGACUUUCACCGGCGACCUCAGUGCCAAAGCUGGCACAGCCAAGAACCCGGGCUUCCGAUAUCCGCCGUUGCCGAGCUCGCGCGCCGGACCGCCCGUGCAGCCCAUCGCGAGGAUCCCUACUGCAUUCCAGACGGUGGUUCCGCUCGAAAGGAACGCUAGGCAGCCGCGUAGGUGGGUCAAGGCCAAGAGGGAGAUCUUGAGUAUGGGCGGAAGGCCGUGGAGCAUCCCUGUUUUCUAUGGUGGUGAAGACCUCGGAUACGAGAAAAAGAUCGAGACUGCAGCUGGGAGUGCAGGUGCCAACACAAUUCCGGGCGCGGGAGCGGCAGGUGGAGCUGAAAAGGUCGUCAGCAAGGCCGGUACACCGUCUGCGGCGCCAGCGCCAGCGCAGCCAGCAUCGACAAGCGCAAAAGCGGUCUCUCCUACGCCAACGACGCCCACACCCACGGCAAACACCUCGUCGACGCCGACUGCAGCCCAGAACCAUGGCGCUGCAUCAACGGCGACGACGUUGACCAAGGCAAGCUCACCUUUGCCUCCACCAAAGCAUCUCAAUGGGCUGGAUGCAGAGACAAACUGGCGCGGACAGUCGCCCGCGUUUCUCUUUGGAGGACGCUGA